AUGUCACCCCAUUCACAGCAGCAAGUGCACCAGUCCUCUAUUCAGGAUCUGGAAGCCUUUUGGUCCCACCACGCCAGGGAUCUGGACUGGCAUCGGAACCCAUCACGUGCUAUCACUCGAACGACCAAGACUCUCCCUAGCGGUGCCAGCCACGAUCAUUGGGCCUGGUUUCCAGAUGGCCAGAUCUCCACGACAUAUAACUGCGUCGACCGGCAUGUAAAAAAUGGCAACGGGGACAAUGUUGCCAUUGUUUGGGACUCCCCCGUAACGGGAACCAAAGAAAAGUAUACGUACUGUCAGCUGUUGGAGGAGGUGGAAGUGUUGGCUGGCGUAUUGCGCGAGGAAGGUGUGCAGAAGGGUGAUGUGAUCAUCAUUUACAUGCCUAUGAUCCCCGCCGCUCUUGUCGCAGCACUGGCAAUUGCACGGUUAGGGGCCAUUCAUGCCGCCGUGUUCGGUGGGUUCGCGCCAAAGUCACUGGCGCAACGCAUCGAAGCGGCUAAACCACGGGCCAUCAUGACGGCAUCAUGUGGCGUUGAAGGACCCAAGGGCCCCAUUGCCUACCGGCCGCUAGUUGAAGGGGCAAUUGAGCUGAGCAGUUUUAAGCCCGAGAAGGUGCUUGUGUGGCAGAGGGACCAGCUGCGGUGGAACCAGCCAGACAAGCGGAAUGGACAGCGGAACUGGCAGCGGUUAGUUAAAAGCGCGCGUAUGCGUGGUAUUAGGGCCGGCCCGGUGCCGGUGGACAGCACAGACGCGCUGUACAUCAUCUAUACCAGUGGGACCACUGGGCUGCCUAAGGGAGUAGUCCGAGAAGCAGGUGGCCACGCGGUUGGGCUUCAGUUAUCGAUUAAAUACCUGUUCAACAUCCAAGGACCAGGCGAUGUCAUGUUCUGUGCCUCCGACAUAGGCUGGGUGGUCGGCCAUUCGUACAUCCUGUACGCUCCUCUCCUAGUUGGGGCGACAACCGUCCUCUUUGAAGGAAAACCUGUUGGAACGCCGAACGCGGGAACUUUCUGGCGCAUUGUGGAGGAGCAUAAGGCCAAUGCACUGUUCACGGCACCUACGGCGAUGCGUGCGAUUCAAAAAGAUGAUCCUGAUAAUCUAUUCAUCGAGGAAGUCGGCCGACGUGGCGGCCUCAAACACCUGCGGGCUCUUUUUCUCGCCGGCGAGAGAAGCGAGCCUAGUAUUGUCCUUGCGUAUCAAGCCCUCUUGACUCGACAUGCAGCUCCUGGGGCCAUGGUUGUGGACAAUUGGUGGUCGUCAGAAUCGGGUUCGCCCAUCUGUGGCGUCGCCCUGAAGAGUGCAAUGGGACUGAUGCGGCAAGGAGAGACUAACUCGACGCCGUUGCCGAUUCGACCCGGGUCGGCCGGGCUACCGAUGCCGGGAUUUGAUGUUCGGAUUGUCGAUGAUGAGGGCCAUGAGGUCCCCAGGGGUACGAUGGGAAACAUUGUUCUCGCCCCACCACUGGCGCCCACUGCCUUCACUCGACUGUUCAACGAUGACGAGAGAUUCUACCGGGGGUACCUCAAACGGUUUGCGGGUCAAUGGGUCGACACAGGGGAUGCGGGUGUUAUUGAUGCCGAUGGAUAUGUUCAUGUAAUGGCACGAUCGGACGACAUUAUCAAUGUAGCUGCUCAUCGGUUCAGCACAGGUGCUAUCGAACAAGCGAUACUCUCGCACCCCGAGAUCGGCGAGGCCAGCGUUGUGGGAAUACCCGACCCUCUGAAAGGUCAUCUACCUUUUGCAUUUGUUCAGCUGCGCACAGCGACGGGAGAGUUGCCCGCGACACCGCGACGCGAGCUCUUUGACGAAGUCAACAGGCUGGUGCGGCGAGAGAUUGGGGCUAUUGCGUCGCUUGGGGGGAUGAUCCAGGGACACGGGAUGAUCCCGAAGACGCGCAGCGGCAAGACAUUGCGACGAGUGCUGCGGGAGCUGGUGGAACAUGGGGUGCAGGGAGAUUACAAUGCGACAGUCAGCGUUCCACCUACCGUGGAAGACGCCGAAGUUGUGGAGGUGGCCCGGGGAAAAGUGCAGGAAUAUUUCGAACAGAAGCGGAAAAAGGAGUCGAAGCUGUAG